AUGCCGUAUUUCGUCCCAGAAGAAGGAAUUGAUAUCGAACCAUUGGCAGGUUAUGUGAGAGGUCUGCUAGACAAUAAAGCAAGAGUCAGAAUUGGCAGCCAUCCUGCGAGACGUGAGCAGAAGGGCUUCUGGGUCGAGUCUGUCGUUGCGAUCGGAGUUGAAGACAUACGAGCGAUGAUAGAAGACACACGACUGUGGCGUAAAGAGAACGCCGAUGGAUACUACGUAAACUCCGCAACGAUGAGACGUAGGAAACAGGUCGGACGUCCUCAGGCUGCGAAAGAACGGCCAAUAGCUCCUAUGAAGACCUCAAGAGAGGCAGAAGAUCCACGUGUGAGACAAGGGAGCCGCUCAUCCCUUGAAACAGAGCCACGAUAUCCUCCUUCAAAUCCUGUGACCAGAGCUUCAGCCGACAAUGUUGCCAUGGCUCAGCGUCCGCCUGCCGGAGCUGCCCCCAGCCCACGUCCCGCAUCAGCACAGCCAGCGCAGGUCGACCCUCGGAGACCUUCUAAUGCCCAACAAUAUCAAGCCAAUCCUGGCUAUAUUCAAGCGACGGCACAGUACACCAUAUCCGCCAACGUGCCUCAAGCCCAGUACAGCUCUUAUGACAAUAACGUGUAUGAUAUGGCGCCUCCACCAUAUAGCAGUGACACCAAAUGGACAGCAGGAGGAGGUGGCAAUCAGCCAAGCACAACCGGAACACAAGGCUUCAGCUCAAUGUAUGCGACAUCUGGAGGACCACCUCGUGCUCCCAACCAAGGGCAGCGUCGUCACGAACCAAGGUAG